AUGGCUCGUGGCGUUAAGCACUACAACGGUGCACGCAACGAAGGCGGAACAGACUCCCUGGAACGCAAGGGGAGAGGACGAGGGAGUCGUCGAGGAUACACGCAACUCAAUGCAAGAACACCGUCGUCUGAUACGGUGGCACAAUCCCUCUCCUCCAGCGAUGUCAGAGCUCAUAAGCAGAAGAGAAGUCGUAGCGAGUCUGAUAUAGUACCCGAAAAUGGUUAUGAGGAUGUUACACUCAUUUACCCUAAGCCACGCCGUGGUCAGAAUAAUAGAGAAAAAAAACAGAACAGUUGGACUCAGGCAAGGGCUAUAAAGGUUGGAGAAGAUUCAGAGCUUGCGACUGCCGCAGCGAUAGCGGCGCCUUUAUCCUCAGAGGUCGUUGCAGCUCAGACAGCGACUUCACUGUCUCUGGGUCCGGCCACCAUCACUUCCAGCGCAGAUUUCGCGCACUCAAAUUCAUCGACAGGAACCACGGAACUUGCCUUCUGGCGUCGUCUUAUAGAUCGCCAACGGCUUGUGGACUCGCUGAAAAAUAGUGGCGCAGCCUUGACAGCUUCCGAUGCUGUCGACGCAUCGACGCUGACGUCGGCGAACUCUGAAAUGUGUCUAUUUUCGGUUGGGGAGGAUCGUCUACGGACAUGUAUUCAGUCCCUCUUGGAUCUUAAAGGGUUGAUGACCUAUCGACGUCGCUGUGACAAUGAUUCCCCAUCGAUGAUGGAGGGGUGGUACAUCCCCCGUUGCUAUUUUCACGCGGUUGUGGCGCUGUCUCAGCUGUGUGAAUCGGCUAUUCCCACUCGAUUCCCUCCGCUUGUCGCUGCGGAUGUGGCCGCUCCACCUGACAGCGCUCUGGGGGCAAUGCCAUGCAGCAGCAGUGGCGUGAAGACGGGAACUGACAACGAGGACAACCGAGAGUGGUGGCCUUCACCUGUAUCGUUGACCGCGGUGCAAGAGCGUCUGGUAUGUGCGCGUCGUGUAUUGCAGUGCCGUUACGUGUACGGUGUGCUGGCCCCUCUUCUGAGGCGCUGUAAUACUAGUGCGCAGCUCGUGGAGGUGCUCAUGCCACCCAGAGAUUCAUCUCUAGGCCCGCAUGCUGGUAAGGACAACGACAAUCGUUGCAAUGGUUCCAACCGAUUUGUACCGCUUUCUAGCCCCCCCUCGCAUCGUGUUGAGGAUCAGAUUCUGUCGGAGCUGCUCCUAUUAGCCAACCAAGAGUGUGCACUCGAUACAGAGUCAUGGGGUACAUUUGCGAUGCCUCCUCUACUGAAGGUGCGGAAUGGUAUUUAUACAGUGCACUGCGCAUCGCGUCAAGAGGCUCUAGAACAGUUACUGAAGAGAGAAGAAGAGCUCUAUGGUUUGCCACCAUUUUUGCGCUUCAUUCGGCGUGCAGGCACAGGGUCUGUGCCGGCGUGUAACCAUUCAGAGGAUUUUGUCAACGCAGAACUGAGUAGUCUCCCAGUGCCUGGUUCCCAUCAAGCAAUCUCUGCGUUUCCGCAUGGCAUUCAAAAACGACUCGGUAAUGGGGUUUGUGUCGGUAGUCGUUCUAGAUUGUCGAAUAGUAGCCAGAGCUAUUUUUUCCCUUCCCCAGAAUCUCUCAACCCUGGCACCUUUGCGUUUCCGGACCCUGCGUACUACCCGACGGUACAGGAGGAGCUGAUUGAGAUUGCCGCAAAGCACGGAUGCUUUGGUCUGGUGAUCGGUGAGGCAGAUCAUAUACUACAAUUGUGGCGAGACUGGGUCCUUUAUCGGACGCAUUUAGAGCGACACCAUUGGAAGCAAGAACAUGACUGUGAGGACGUUGCGUCUCCUGCAGCGAUGAGGAGUGAGCUGAAACGGGACGCGUUGCUCGAUAACGUUAGUGAUGAGGCUAUGCCGCAUGGUAAUGGAGGGGUUGUGGGGAAUAAAAGGCGAGGCUUCCAUCAAGGAAGGGCCGCGUUGCCGCCGACAGAUCCGUUGCUACCGUUUGUUUAUUCCACCAUGAAUCAUGACAUGAAGGGAAAGCUCACCAGUGAAGUUUCUCUGAAGGCUGUAGCAAGCGCUGAACAUGGCCGUAAAGAUUCUAAGGCGAAUGGAACUCAAAAUUCCGUAUUCUGGCUCUGUGAGAACCGUUGGUCUACCAAAACAUUCUACUAUGGGCUGGUAUUUGAAGUUGUGUUGCAGAGUGACAUAGGCAACUGCGAUCAGGGUGAUGGGAUGACACCACUGACAUCACUAGAUGCUGAUUCUUUAGAUGAUAACUUACUACAUAAAGGCGAUGCUGGAGGGCUGGAGGGUGGCCGCCCAUUAAUCUAUUAUCCAAGCUGUCUCAUAGAGCUUUCUCGCUAG